GCAUACGGCGCCAAGGGCAGGGUAGCGAUGCGCGUGCUAGACCAGGCUAUUUCUAGCAACAAACCCAACGUGAACAGGCCAAAGCUGGACAAGCUUUACCAUGUGUCCAAGGACAAAGUCGAUGCAGAUUUUACACUGCCUGAGUUGCAUGACAAAAUUGGGGUGGUAAAAGACACGAGCAAAACGAUAUUCACACGGAUCACAGUUAGAAACGAUGAGGGCCUCUUCAAGGAGAAAAUCACUACUGAUGACAUCCAUCAAGCAGUCUACUUUCCAGAGGCAAGAACAAUUCAGGUCAAGGAAAGCUUUGCCAUGAAGGACGUUCUGCCUGAUGACGUCCGCCUAAAAUGGUCGGAAAUAACCUUUCAAAACUGGAAAUCUGUGGCAGGAAACAAUGUGAAGGAUCUCAAAUAUAUACUCCGUGACACAAUUAUAAAUGAAGGCACAUCUGACACAAUAACCCAGGCAAGGCUGAACCUCAAAAUUCCCGAGGACGAUCCAGCAGCAUUCCAUCCCUCAACGCCGGGCUCUGCGAUGGACAACGCUUUCAACAGCUUAGCAGGAACACCCAAUGUCAGAUCUGUGUGGCACAUGCUAGCUGAUCACCACAGGGAAUUCGGUGACCUUAAGAUUGUCAAAAUCCACACAUACGCUUACGACUCUUUUCUCCUAAUCGAACUGGGCCGUUAAGGUAGGGUAGGAGCCCGAGAGAAAGUGGGAGGGAUGAUGGUGAAGUUGACAAGUUGUGACCAAAGGGGAUAAUCUCAAGCAGGUCUUUUGAUUGCUUUCAACGUUGGUGUUCUUCUGUUGGUGUCUCGAUGUUGUACGUUGGCUUGAUAUUUCUAAUCCCAAAUGGAG